AUGGAUUUUAUUGUCAUGGACAUGGAUGGUGAGAGUGAUGUUCCAUUGAUCCUAGGUAAACCAUUUUUAGCUACAUCUAGAGCUUUGAUAGAUGUUAGUAGCGGAAAGCUGGAACUUAGGGUAGAUGAUGAGAGCAUUACAUUUGAUUUGACUAAAUCCUUGAGACACCCAUAUGAGCACGAUGGUACUGUGUGUUCGAUUGAUGUUAUUGAUGAUAUUGUGGAGUCUCAAUUGUCAGGAGUAAAGAAGCCGAAGCCUUCUUUGGAGGAGCCGCCCAUUCUUGAGUUGAAAGAGUUGCCAGCGCACUUAAUGUAUGCCUACUUAGAUGAAGCAAAACGCUUACCGGUCAUUAUUUCCGCUCAUCUCACACCUGAGAAGAGGGAGAUGGUGCUGUGUAUUUUGAAAAGGUAUGCAAAGGCAUUUGCAUAUAAUACUGUUGAGAUACUAAGGAUAAACCCGAGUUACUGCCUUCAUAAGAUUUUAAUGGAGGAUGAGUUCAAACCGGUGGUGCAGCCACAAAGGUGGUUGAACCCUCAUAUGAAGGAGGUGGUUAAAAAGGAGGUGGUUCCUAAGAAAGGGGGCAUGACUGUGGUGAAAAAUGAAAAGGAGGAUCUGAUUGCUACACGAAUGAUUCCCAUAGCACUAGAAGACCAAGAUAAGAUGACAUUCACUUGUCCUUAUGGCACUUCUGCCUAUAGGAGGAUGUCGUUUGGCUUGUGUAAUGCGCCUGCAACCUUUCAGCGGUGUAUGAUGGCCAUUUUUCAUGAUAUGAUAGAGGAGUCGAUGGAGGUCUUCAUGGAUGAUUUCUCUGUAUUCGCUUUUGAGUUAUUAAAGGAAAAACUAACCAUGGCUCCCAUCAUGGUUUCUCUUGAUUGGGAGCUACCCUUUGAGCUUAUGUGCGAUGCUAGCGAUUUUGUAGUUGGAGCUAUUUUAGGCCAGCGCAGGGAGAAGAAGUUCCAACCUAUUUACUACGCUAGCAAGACGCUUACGGAUGCUCAAGAACACUAUACCACCACAGAGAAGGAUCUCCUAGCUGUCGUGUUCGCGUUUGAUAAAUUCUAUUCUUACCUUAUGCUGUCAAAGACAAUCGUUUACAUGGAUAAUUCUGCUUUAAGGUAUUUAUUUUCAAAGCAUGAUUCUAAGCCUAGAUUGAUUCGUUGGGUUCAUGUAUUGCAGGAAUUUGACUUGGAAAUUAAGGACAAACGAGGAGUUGAAAAUCUUGCAGCAGACCAUCUUUCUCGAUUGGAGAACCCGCAGUUGGAGGAGCUUAAUGAGCAAGCGAUCGAUGAAUUCUUUUCGGAUGAGCACUUAUGCUUAAUGCAGGUAACUAAUGCUAUUCCUUGGUUUUCUGAUUAUGCUAAUUAUUUGGCUGCAAGGGUACUCCCAAAGUGUAUGACGAGCUAG